AUGUCUGGAUACCCAGGACAAAAUUACGGCCCUUACGGCGCUCCGCCGCCUGGCGCAUUCCCUCCCCAAGGCUACUACCCUCCUCCUCAACAGUUCAACGGAUAUAUGCCACCAGGUCCUGACGGCCCGGCUUAUGGGUACCAUCAGCCGCCCCCGCAACCAUAUGGUUACAACCAGCAACCGCCACAACAGCAAUUUGGCGGUGUCCCUUUCAACGGCGGCCAACAGCAGUUUGGCGGUCCCCGGCAGUCGAGCGCUGCCUACGUCGACCCGAACAUUCACAAGCCUCCACAGACGCCUCAGCAAUUCGGUAACGGUGCUCCAACCGGCUACAACUUUCAAUACUCACAAUGUACUGGACGGAGGAAAGCCCUUUUGAUAGGCAUCAACUACUUCGGCCAGCGGGGACAACUUCGGGGCUGUAUCAACGACGUCCGGAACAUGUCGUCCUACUUGGUGGAGAACUUUGGCUACAGGCGGGAGGAUAUGGUCAUUCUCACAGACGACCAGCAAAACCCUAUGAGCCAACCUACCAAAGAGAACAUCCUGCGCGCGAUGCACUGGUUGGUCAAGGACGCCCGGCCAAACGACUCGCUUUUCUUCCACUACUCAGGUCACGGGGGUCAGACGCGAGAUCUUGACGGCGAUGAAGACGACGGAUACGACGAAGUCAUUUACCCAGUCGAUUUCCGGACCCACAGCCACAUCACUGACGACGAAAUGCACCGCAUUAUGGUCCGACCACUACAAGCUGGCGUUCGCCUAACCGCCAUUUUCGAUUCAUGCCACUCGGGAACGGCCCUCGACUUGCCGUACAUUUACUCUACGCAGGGCAUCCUGAAGGAACCUAACUUGGCCAAGGAAGCCGGCCAGGGCCUGCUCAACGUCAUCUCGUCCUACAGCCAGGGUGAUCUUGGUGGAGUUGCCCAUAAUAUCAUGGGCUUCUUCAAGAAAGCAACCGGUGGUGAUGAGGCACAUGCUCGUACUCUUGCUACUAAGACGUCGCCGGCCGACGUCAUAAUGCUUUCAGGUAGCAAGGACGAUCAAACUUCUUUUGGCUGGUCCAAAUGCCCCACCAUUUAG